AUGGGCCGCAUCGUCGUGACCGGAGGCUCCGGAAAGGCUGGUCAGUUCGUGAUCGCCGAGCUCCUCAAACAUGGCCAUAUGGUCCUCAACCUGGAUCUGGCCCCCAUGGACCAUCCGCAGGUCUACACCUUGAAAACAGACCUUGCAGACAGCGGCCAAGUCUUCAACGCCCUGUCCGGCCAAUGGUCCCUCCGUGAGCCCUUCCCAGAAGGACUCCCGCCUCGUCCAGAUGCUGUCGUCCACCUCGCCGGCUACGCUCGCAACAUGCUCGUCCCCGACAACGAGACCUUCCGCUCUAACACACAAGGCACCUACAACAUCAUCGAGGCAGCGUGCAAGCUGGGGAUUCGAAAAAUCGUGCUCGCGUCCAGCGUCACCGUCUACGGAGUCUCUUUUGCUCAAGGUGAUGCCAAUUUCCCUUCAUUCCCCAUCCACGAGGAUCUGGAUGUGAACCCGACGGAUACGUACGCAAUUGCAAAGCUCUGCAAUGAGCGCAUCGGGCGUGGGUUUGCCUCGCGCUUCAAUGCGGACAUUUAUAGUCUGCGCAUUGGCCGGGUCAUCGAACCGGAGGAGUACGACGGAGAGAUCUUUUACAGCUAUGUGCAUGAACCAUUGUUGUGGAAAGUGCAUGGGUGGUCAUACAUCGAUGCUCGGGACUUGGGGGGUAUGUGCGAGGCUGCGCUGAGGACGGAUGGACUGGGAUUCCAGGUCUUCAACGCCACCAAUGAUCACAUCACCAAUUUGAGUCCUACGAGGGAGUUUUUGAGCAAGCAAUUCCCGCAUAUCCCCAUCACUCGAGAUCUGGAGGAGUUUGAGGCCCCAUUCUCGAAUGCAAAGAUCAAGUCUAUGCUUGGGUUUGAGGAACAACAUCCCUGGAAGAAGUACUUUAGCAAGUGGGAGAAAAAACAGAAACAGAUGGCUGUGUAG